AUGUCUCAAUUUGUUCUUCCAGCAUAUGGCAGAAAUGGUUAUAAUGGUUAUGGAGCUCAACCAAUGGGAGGCUACAAUGGCGGUUAUGGCCAUGCAGGCUUUGGUCUGGGACCUCGUUUUGGAAACGGAGGAAUGAAGGGACCGAAGCAAGGCUACGGUACUGUGGCUGGUGUGCCCAAUGGACAAGGUGCAAAACCCAAUGGGUAUGGUGGUAUUCCAAAUGGAUAUGGUGCCAAACCCAAUGGAUAUGGAGGCAACAGAGGAGGUUCUAUGAAACCCCAACCAGGUUAUGGAAAUGGGGCUGUUCCCAAUGGAUAUGGAGCUAAACCCAAUGGUUAUGGAGCUGCAGCUGGAGCCGGAGCUCCCAAUGGAUAUGCAGCCAAACCCAAUGGUCAUGGAGUUAAAAAUGGAGCUGCACCUGCUGGAUAUGGAAGUAAACCGAAUGGUUACGGAGGACCAAGCACAGGUUCAAAACCUCAAACUACCAAAGGAGUUGGAGCAGUUCCACCCGGUCAAGGUGCGAAAACACUCGGCAAUGGUUACGGCAUGGUGCCAAAUGGGAAGGGCAUAAAGGGUGCAAGUGUGCCCAAUGGAAAGGGCCCUAAAGGUGAAGUUCCUACUCCUGAGCAGCCGAGUGCAGCACCAGUGGAGGAUGUCGUACCUCAGCAAGCAAUUACUCCAGGAGUAGUACCUGCUGCCCCAGAGCCAACCAGUGGUAUCCUUGUUAUGGUAACACAAGAGAAAUAUCAAAAACUGCCUUCACCUGUGCCACAAGGAAAAAGCUACAAACCAGCGCCAGUAAUCCCUCAAGCUACGCCAGAACCGUUGCCAGUGUUACCUCAAGGCCAAGACCCAACACCUGCACCUGAACCCGCACCUGAACCCACACCUGAACCAGCAUUCAUCAAUACAAAGGGCAAGAGUCCGAAGGCAGUCACAUCUGGACCUGCACCACUGGUUCCCCAGAGUAACCCAGCACCAGAGCCGGAAGUAGUCAUUCCUGAAGGCAAGUACCCUGAAUUAGAACCCUAA